AUGGUUUGCUUCUCUUCCCUCUUCGUCGCUGCGUCGGCCAUUGCCGGCGUGUUCGCGAGCCCCGUCGACCACGAGCAGCUCGCCAAGCGCCAGAGCACGCCCAGCAGCCAGGGCACGCAUGACGGAUACUUUUACUCGUGGUGGACCGAUGGCGGCGCCGCCGCGACCUACACGAACCUCGCCGGCGGCGAGUACAGCGUGAGCUGGAGCAACGGCGGCAACCUCGUCGGCGGCAAGGGCUGGAACCCCGGUGGUCCUCGCGGCAACUCGUACCUCGCCGUGUAUGGAUGGACUCGCAACCCUCGCACCUACAACCCCUCGUCCGGCGCCACCGCCCGUGGCCAGGUCACGCACGACGGCGCCCUCUACCGCCUCUUCGAGAGCACGCGCACCAACCAGCCCUCGAUCGACGGCACCGCCACCUUUCCAGCAGUACUGGGCCGUUCCGCGACGUCAAGCGCACCGGCGGCACCGUCAACAUGGCCACCUUCUUCAACGCCUGGACCUCGGCCGGCAUGCGCCUCGGCACCCACAACUAACCAGGUCGGUCGCCACCGAGGGCUUACUUUCAGCAGCGGCUCGGCGCGCAUUAAACGUGGCCGGGCGGGGGCGGGGGCUUCAAGCACUCCCUGCUCUCGUGCGCACAGACCCGCCACGACCCCGAGGCCCUCGCGCAACACGCCUCCUUCCUUCGGCGGCGGCAGGCUGCGCCGCUCGUUGGGGCCAGUGCGGCGGCUCAGGCUGGAACGGUGCUAA